GAUACUCAAUAUUCCCUUCUCCAUACUCAUUUGAAGACUUUCUCCUCUUUUUUAUUACUUCAAAGCAGUCCUUACACGCACAAAGUAUACUGCGAGGUUCUGCAAAUUGAUAAUCAGAGCAAGCUUUCAGUCUUCAAACUGAAUUUCUGGAAGGCACUCACAAUGAAGUCAUCACUUGAUCCCAAGAGAACACUAGUUUUCCCAAUUCGGGAAUUGACAUUGAAAUGGUCCGAUGACGAUGAUGAAGCAACUCCCCAAAAGCCAAAGAAGCACACUGAUACAAAUUUUGGCUUCUUUGAGGCAAAGACGCGAGCACCAUACUCCCGGGGAGAAAUCCAAAGAGAGAUCGAAGAUGCAAAGCGAAAGAAUCCUUCAGGAGUUAUGGUCGCUGGAGUACGAUCAGAGACGAUGAACACCGUAGCGGGGUACCUUCAUUUUCAAUCAACAGGUGUAUUGAUCAAUUGGUUGGAAGACAAGGAUAAAUUGGGAGGUCUUCUUGAUGAUUGGUUGGUUGGGAAAAGAAAUGCAUUUCAUUGCCCGGUUAGGGAAGGUUCAACUGCAGCGUCAAAGGACUUUGGUGCGGCACAACUUUUCAAGGUCUUGAUAGGACUAUCGCCGGAGCAAAUUGCAUUGGUUACUGGAAACACAUUCCCAAUCACUCACGAUAUGUUGGGUUUAAAGGAAAAUCGAGACGAGCCGGGAUAUUUUUGUUACCUCCACGCGAUUCACAGAGUCAUCACAACUUACCCUGACCAUUUUCCAAACGACACUCCUUUCCAUCCUCGAGAGAUCCAUUCCAGGGAGAAUUGGCACCGUGGACUCAUUACAUUGCGUUCGUUCUGGCUUUACCACAAGGACGGUAAAAUCAGACAGAGAAGCGCCAGAUCAAAGCCAGCAUUUAUGCCACUCUGGAUAAAUCAAGAGACCAUGGAUGUCAGUGGGGGUGAUGACGAGGUUGCUAGUUAUGCGGUAUACAAGCAGAGAGAAGCAAACGAGAUCUUAGAUCUGGAGGAUCAGAGCAGCGAUGAUGAUGAUUAUGAUGAAGACGCAUUUGAAGGCAGACAAGAUCGAAACAUCGCCGAAAUAGAGGACCUUCAUCGUUCUUUGAAUACCACUGGAGACGUCAACAAGGAAGCUUCUGCCAGAGGAAGAGGUGAAAAGAAGCAAGCCCGAAAGAGCACACCGCCGGAACAGAUGAAAGAUUGGAUUCAAAUUCUCAAAGAUCAUCAUAAAAAGCACACAACUGUUUCAAAGCCAGUCAAGGGUCCAUCCAAAUCCGAUCCUAACGAGAAUUCAUUGAUUGUCGAUGCUAUCAGUACACAAGACACGCUGGACUCUAUUGGGGAAUUAUCGGCUGCCGAAAGAGAUCAAUUCGAAAAAGGAAAGUUAGAUCAAGAGAAGAAAGAUUUCUUCCAGUUAUUGGAGUCCAUGUCCAGCGCGACGGCUAUGGCUAAGAGCUUCGUCGAGUGUUGCGAGAAUUAUGGAUUCGACUACAGUGAUCCAAAGAAUAUAAAAGUUGGCGGGGUACCGUUCAAGCCCUACCCACAUCAGGUGAUUGAUAUGGCGUGGUUGGCAGACAUGGAGAAUUCACCGAUGGAAGGUGGAUUGUUAGCAGCAGAAUGCGGCUCUGGAAAGACUGCCAUCAUACUUCUCUUGAUAUUGAUCACUCAUUAUCGUCUCGUCGACGAAAAUAGUCAAAAUCAUUUCGCGACAUUGAUAGUUGCCCCUUCGUCCGUUAUCGAUGUAUGGUAUGCCGAUUAUGUCAAAUUUUUCGGGAAGGCUUUGAACUGUCGUAUCUUCUACGGUCAAGCGUCAAACUCCGAUCCAGAACGCGAGAAAUGUUUUGUCGGCAACAACAUCAAGGAUUUCGAAAAUGAGCUUAAGUCGAUGAGUCCAAACGAUCCCAAUACCUCUAGAACAUUCUUCCUCACUUCUUAUACGACAUUUUCAAGACGAGCAAUGAAAAUAGUCUCCAAAACCCCAAGUGUCAAAGGCAAAGAACCAGAAGAAGUAAACUAUGUCAGCGACGACGAGAACGAGAUUGACUGUAUGCAGGACCAGGAUGAGGGUGUUCUUCGCAAAUACGAACUCAUGAUGAAACAUACUGGCAUCCUUGGGAGACUUGUCACGGAUGAGUCACAUUCAGUCAAGAAUCCCUGUACGCUAGGAGGUGAUGCUCUUUAUAAGUUAGGGAUCAGAAGACAUGUUGCAAUGUCAGCUACAGCUAUGAUCAAUAGAAUAAAUGAUCUUAGAGGAUUACUAAUUCAAAUAUUGGGAGUCAAGGAAUUGCCGUUGAGGCUACCAACGACGCUGGAAGGCUUACAGUCCAUGUAUGACAAGAAUUUCAAUCCAUUUACAGAUCUUCCAAUGGAAGGAGGUAAAAUCCCUGGAAAGCCUAUUUUGAUGGAAAGAAAUGGAAACCCGGAAAUUGACCGCGUUCACGAUGCAAUCGAGAGGGGGUUUCCGAUUCAUAUACUCUGUCCACAGGCCUUUUUGGUUGUUGGUAACAAAUCUUUGUGGAAGCCUGCAACUGCUAGGGUGGUAUUAAGACCUAUACUGGAGCUGAUUCAGAGGAAGAGACUUUUGUCUACUCCAUUCGAAACUAUUCCAGGGGUAUUCGAAACUCCAGAUGAACAAAUUCCACAUUACACAGUCAAGACAGUCAAUUUAAAGAUGACUAAGAAAGAAAAAAUCCGAUACGAUGAUGAUACUUCCGACUGGCGAAAAAAGCUUUUUGUUCCAAGCGAAAAGGGAGCAAUGAUGACUAGCGUCAAGAAGGGUAACUCCGAAUCUGACAGUACCAUCAACAUGGAGGCUUACAGAGGGCUACAAUUGGCAACUUUUGACAGACAGCUUGUCACCUUGAUCAAGAGAAAAGUUAAGAACGUUCCAGUUGGAACAUCCCAAGAGGUCCGUUCUUGGUAUGAAAGAGAUGAUGAUCACGGAAUUAGCUUCAAAUUCUACAAGUCUCGUCCAAAGGGUGCUGAGUACAUUCCAUCGAUCGCAAAUAGAUUGCAAAUGGCACAGAUUACAUUGGCUAAGUCCGAAAAAUUGCGAGCUCUUAUCGUCCAAGUCGAUGAAUGGAAAUCGAAAGGAGAGAGAUGCUUGGUCUUUGUAAACUGGCCAAUUAGUCAAUGGGCAUGCGAGCAGGUUCUGACACUACUUGAGUACAAAGUAAUGUCACUACUAUCUAGUCAUACAAGUGAAGACAGGCGAAGAAUUAUUGCUCAAUUCAAUGAUCCGAAUCACAAAGUUGAUGUCUUGCUGAUUGGAUUCAAGCUUGGUUCCUAUGGACUGAACUUUCACGGAUGUUGCUGCAAGAUGAUCAUCAUGGAAUACCCAUCAUCGAUCGACAUCUUACUUCAAGUCUUUGGAAGAUUGCAUAGGCUGGGGCAGAAGAAAGAACAAGAGAUUAUUAUUUUCUUUCUAGAGGAUAGUUUUGAUGGAAAGUUGAGGAGUUUUAUAGGAAAGAAGUUCAAUUCCAAGCUAUCAGCGGAGGCGGAUCUGGGUCAUAUCACGGAUGAUAAGCUGUUGGAAGAAGCAGACAAGCUCCUUCGUAGGCUUUUAGGGGAGGAUAAGACGAAUUGAGGUGGUUGUGACAGAACGGGGAAUGAAGGGCGUUUUGGAAUGGGCUUGACAUAAGGAAAUUAAAGUUUAGCGAUGGGUUUUUUACGUGGUUCUCUUUCAUUAUGAGAGAGAAAAUUCAAGAAGUCA